AUGUCGUCUUCUGGACUAGGACCAGCCUUCAUAGGCGCUAUCCAGGCCUCCCUCUCCGUACUGCUCACCAUAUCCUACGGAGUCAUCGCGUCCCAGUUCAAGCUUCUCAACUCAGACGCAGGACGUCAGGUUUCGAAAGCAUGCGUCAAGAUUUUCCUUCCGGCGCUCCUCAUGACGAAGCUCGGCGCCCAGCUGAGCAUUGACGUCGUAGGGCGAUAUCUGCCCAUCCUGUUGUGGUCUGUGGUCUGCAACACUUUGUCAAUCUGCCUCGGAAAGCUCCUGGAGAAGACACUACCGCAAUCCUGGGAGAUGCCGGCUUGGACAACGCCAGCGAUUGCAUUCAACAACACCACCUCAAUGCCUUUGCUGCUAAUCCAGGCGCUGGAGAAGACGGGAAUACUGAGCAGCAUCUUGAUGCCUGGGGGCAAUGACAGUUUGGACGACGCCGUUCAGCGGGCCAAGACAUACUUUCUCAUCAACACUAUGGUCAGCAACUCAAUCACUUUUGCACUUGGCCCGAAGUUACUCAGUGCGGAUGCGGAGGAUGCACCGUCUGGAAAAUCCGCCGACGAGGAUUCUGAGAGUGACGACGAAGAGGACGGUAAUGCCAACGAGCAUACCUCUCUGCUCCCAUCUCCUGUAAUGCGAAGAGGUCGCCGAGCCUCGCGCAAAGUGGAGUCUCAUCUGCGCGCGAUCUAUCAGUCUCUCCCUCACCCAGUACAGGUCGUCCUGCAUCACAUCGCACCGUUCGCCAACGCACCCGUGUUUGGUGCCGCCGCUGGAUUCAUCAUCGGUCUGACCCCGCCGUUGAAGACGGCCUUCUUUGCGGAUCCCUUCGAGGGCGGUUUCUUCAGCGCAUGGAUCACCACGUCACUCCAGAACAUUGGAGAUCUAUUUGCAUCUCUCCAGGUCAUCGUUGUGGGUGUGAAGCUGGCGGAAGCCAUGCGCAAGGUCAAACGCGGGGACGAUUCUGAUUCGGAUGAUGACAAGUCUGGUGCCGUGCCGUGGCGCGCCACCACCCUCGUGCUGUUGAUUCGCUUCUUCAUCUGGCCGGCUGUCGCCAUAUCUGCGAUCUGGAUGCUGGUGAAGAACACUGGAGUGCUCAGCGAAGAUCCGAUCCUGGUAUUUUGCAUGAUGCUCAUGCCCGCUGGACCACCGGCCUUGAAGCUGAUGGCGUUGGCCGAGGUCAAUGACAGCAGCGAAAACCAGAAACUGGCGGUGGCCAAAUUCCUUGCUUUCGCCUACGCUGUAAGCCCUCUGAUGGCGCUCACUGUAGUUGGUAGCUUGAAGGCAACCGAGAAUGUUGCUUGA